GUUUGGUGAUAAAUCCUUUAACAAGGACACAUAGUUGACGUCAUUUGUGUUCCACUUUAGCGCUAAGAUCGCCUCUACCUAAAACUUAAGACAUUAUAUGGAACGAUUUACAGGGACAAGGAAAUGAUGUUAUGUCUGCUGAGUGUAGCUUUAGUUCUUCAACUCUCCAUUAACGGAACAGCGGCUCUUCAAUGUUACAACUGUUCUAACAUAGCUGAUCCUGGCGAUUGUUUGACGAUAACAGACUGUCGGGCAGGGCAGUCGUGUUACAUGCACAAAGUGUCGUCUGGACAAUUCGUAACUUUAGGAUGUACAGAUAACCAACAAUGUGGUGUGACACCAGGUUUAGUUGGUAGAGGUGUUGACAAACGACAACAACCCCAAUGUCACGAGUGUUGCAGCACGGAUAAAUGCAAUAAGAACCUGUGUUCUCAUCUGACACUGACAAAUUCAACUUCUACUGGCAUGACUGCAUCAACGACACCUCUACCAACCGUGCCAAGAAGCUGUUUCCUGUGUCAAGGACCACCUCAGAUAUGUGAAAAGGUGAAUUUUCCAGAAGACUGUCCACUUGAGAAACAGUAUUGUAUAAAUACAGUCACAAACUUCCAGAAUGCAUCAAGACUCGUUGAAAUGAAAUGUGGAACGAGAAAUGAUUGUCAAAAAGGAUGGUUCGAGAAAUACUCAUCGGACGACAAGUGUACGACUUUCGACCAGGCUUUUAUCUAUACGAGACAGUUUUACUGUGAAUUUUGUUGCGCUUCUGAUAAUUGUAACCAAUUUGUCAAUCCACCAAAUAAAUGGCAUCCAUAAAACGUGGUUAAUUAAGUUAGCCAACGAAAUAA